AUGGGCUGUUGCUUGUCUAUUAAGGGACUAGAUCAUGAUCGAAUUCACUCAGAAAUAGUUCUUCAAACAAAAGGUGAAAGUUCUCGAUAUCAUGGAACAACAGAACGAGGCCGUCUUCAAACAUUGGGUAAUGCGGAAUUGGUUUUAACGGAAGAUGGUAUUUUUUCUCAAGUUAUUGGUACUUCUUGCUGUAAUGAUCGAGGCUUUUUACAUAUACCUCUUUUUGCUAUUACAAAUAUUCAUGAUCAAAAUUGGUUUAAUGGUCUUUAUCGAAUUGAUCGUCCACAUCUAAUAAUAACUUACAUAGUUCCUGGAAAAGGUGAAUAUCAAGCUGGUUGGCAAAUGAAUCGGACAGUUUAUGAAUAUUGGCGAGCAUCUGUUGAAAAGGUGCUUGAACAAAAGCGUAUAAUUCAAUUCAAGUAA